AUGGGUAAACGUGAAGAAAAUAUUAAAACCGAACGCUUGUUUCUUACUCCAAAUCCGGCUUGGCAAACUCAUGGUUCUUGGUAUAAAAACGUUCCUGUGGGAAUAAAUUCCAUUUCAAAAUGGAUGAAAGAAUCCGCAGAAAAAGUAGGUCUAGACACAGUUACUAAAAAAAUAACUAACCAUUCUGCCAGAUCAAGUGCAGUGGUCAGGCAACGGAAACGAUUGUUUGACGAAUCUAGGAAAGCGAACAAACUGUACUUCGAAGAAGACUCGAGGAAGAAAACGUUUUUGGAUCACUUAAUAGAGAUCACCAGCCAGGGAAACCAGUUUACUGAAAGGGAAUUGAGAGAUGAAGUCGACACCUUUAUCAUUGCUGGUUCCGAUACAACGGCUUCUACAAAUUCCUACGUCUUCCUCAUGCUAGGACUCCACAAGGACCUACAGGAGAAAGUCUAUGAAGAGAUAAUCGAAGUGGUAGGUCCAAGUAGACCCGUGGAAAGAGAAGACUUGGUCAAACUCAAGUAUAUGGAUAGGUUCAUCAAAGAGACCCUCAGACUGUUCCCUGUGGCUGGUGUCAUCGUCAGGGCCAUCGAGGAAGACGUCGAUCUAGGUGACCACUUGAUCCCGGGAGGAACCUCUGUGAUCUUUGGGAUCCUGAGGACCCACACCAAUGAGAAAUAUUGGCCGGAGCCCUUCAAGUUCGAUCCGGACCGAUUCCUACCGGAAGAGGUCGCCAAAAGGCACCCUUGCACCUAUUUGCCCUUCUCCUAUGGCCCUAGGAACUGUCUAGGGAUCAAGUACGCUAUGAUGGCCAUGAAGACGCUUCUGGCGACGGUGUUGAGAAAGUUCAAGGUCAGCACGUCCUACGGGAGUAUCCAGGAUAUCAAGCUCAAGGCUAAUUUAGUCCUGAGACCCACAGACGGAUAUAAGGUGUCGUUAGAACUAAGGCAAUAG